AUGUCCAACAUCGCCAGCGUGCUCGGAUCGAACACAGGGCGCGACAAACACGUCCCCGAGCCUCACCACGGGGCGCGAGACGCCCUGGCGCCACUGGGAUUGGCGAAGAUGCUACAGUUUUUUAGAAAGCAACCGAAACUCGCCGACGGCAUCGACGCCGACACGGAGCUCUUCGGCACGAGCGCUGGGUACGACUUGCGCGUCGGUAGAGCGAACGAGCUGGAGCCGCUGUUACGAAGCGCGCUGCCGAUCGAGCGCGGGAGUUUGGAUGGGCCUGAUCGGGCGACGCUCGCUCGCGCGCUCGCGGGCGUCGGUCGAGGAGGGACGACGCUGAGCGACGAUGACAAAGGAAAGAUAGCGCCAGCGAUGGCGGCAGUGCGCGCGGCAAAGGCUCAAGCGGCCGGGACGGAGGUUGAGGGCGGCGGGAAGGGAGAGAAGCGGAAAAGGGAGAAGAAGGAGAAGAAGGAGAAGAAGGAAAAACGGCGACGACGCGAGUCGGAGGGCGGUGGGGCGAGCCAAGGUGGAAACACGGCGACGACGAGUCAGGGUGGAGUUAGUGCGAUGUCCACGGGGAGCGACAAGACAGCGGCGACUGGGAAGACCGGUGAGGAGGCGUAG